AUGGAAGGAAUAUUGCUUUUCAUUUUAUUUGCAUUAACCACAGGCUCUUUUAUGUAUAUGUUAGUAUGUACUGACUCGAAUUCCAAAACUCCUAUGGGAAUGAUAAGAAGGAAAAUAUAUGCAAAUGGACCUUCCAUUACAAAAAAACUAUUGGGAGACAAAAUAUUUGUUAAACUUUAACAAUUUUACAAUUAUGUUUUCUACACGAAUAAUCGUUUAGGAUAGAUUUCUUAUUUUUUAAUAUUCUGGGUGGCAUUUGGUUUGUAUGGUAAAUUUGGAUUACUAAAGCACUUUGGAAAUACUCCUUAUGUAAGUCACAUACAUUCAGUGUGUGGUAGUCUGAUAUUUAUAUUUUGCAAUUACUUUUUUUAUAGGACAUGCACAACCAGUCCAGGAAUAAUAACUAAAGAAAAUAAUGAUGAAUAUGUGAAGCAAUUUGAAUAAUACUAUGACGAAGUUUAAUAUAAAUAAAAUACCUCAUGUUCAACAUGCAACAUAAUCAAACCAGCAAGAAGCAAGCAUUGUCGCAUUUGUAAUGUUUGUGUUAGUAGAUUUGAUCAUCAUUGUAUUUGGGUGAGACAGUGUAUAGGUUAGAAGAACUACAAGUAUUUCUUACUCUUUUUAUUCACUCACAUAUUCUUAAGUCUUUAUGGAGUAGUAGCUGGGAUACUUUGUUUGUUUGGAAUAGCGUAGAAGCAAUAAUUAUUUAAACUUACUUAUAAAAAUGCAGUAACUGGAGAAAUCCAUCCUGCAACUUUCUUUAGAGUGUUCACUGUCAUCACUAAUAGAGAGACCUUCUUUGUUUUCAUAAUCUUUGUUUGUCUAAUUUUUUUUGUCACCCUAACAGCAUUUUUCUUGUAUCAUCUAAAUAUGAUUAGAAAGGAUCUAACAACUAAUGAGAGGAUUAGAAAGAAUGAUUUUGAAAAAUCCUUUCUCAAUGAAAUGUAUGAAUUGUAAGAAUAACAAAAAAGAAAGAAAGAUGAUGAUUCAAUCAAGAGGCUGGCUUAGUUAAAGCAAUGUUGGAACUCUUUGAGUAAAAGAAGAGUACAAGGACUUUAUGAGGGGUUAAGAAUUGUAUAUAGUCAACCUAAUUGA